ACCCCGCCUCCACGUUUCCAUGCAUUGGCGCGCUUCCCCUCUGCGCUCUGCUCCUCCCCGGGUAGUGGUGGUGGAGGACUAACUCUGUAGCAGGCUGCGGGUGAAAACACGGCAGGCAUGAGUGCGGCGGGUAACGCUCGGUCCGGUUCGGCGGCCGGCCCGGUCCAGCAGGGACUAAAAGAAGCUCUGAUCGAGACGCUGACGGCCAUCCUGUCCCCGGUUCAAGAAGUGCGCGCCGCCGCGGAGGAGCAGAUCAAAGUGCUGGAAGUGACAGAGGAGUUUGGCGUCCACCUGGCAGAGCUCACAGUUGAUCCUCAGGGAGCGCUCGCCAUCCGUCAGUUAGCAUCAGUGAUCCUGAAACAGUAUGUGGAGACUCACUGGUGUUCCCAGUCGGAGAAAUUCAGGCCUCCUGAAACCACAGAUCAUGCUAAAGCUGCCAUCAGGGAGCUGCUGCCAGGUGGUCUGCGAGAGUCGAUCAGCAAAGUCCGCUCCAGUGUUGCGUAUGCCGUGUCGGCCAUCGCCCACUGGGACUGGCCUGAAGCUUGGCCACAGCUCUUCACACUGCUGAUGGAGAUGCUGGUCAGCGGAGAUGUCAAUGCUGUGCACGGGGCCAUGAGGGUCCUCACAGAGUUUACUCGGGAGGUGACAGAUACACAGAUGCCACUGGUGGCUCCAGUCAUCCUACCUGAAAUGUACAAGAUCUUCACCAUGGCCGAGAUUUACAGUAUUCGUACCCGCUCCAGAGCAGUAGAGAUAUUCACCACUUGUGCCAACCUCAUCUGUGCUAUUGAAGAGCUUGAAAAGGGUGCAGCCAAAGCGUUGAUUUUCCCUGUGGUGCAGCAGUUUACAGAAGCGUUUGUGCAGGCUCUGCAGAUGCCUGAUGGACCCUCGUCUGACAGCGGUCUUAAGAUGGAAGUCCUAAAGGCAGUGACAGCGUUGGUAAAGAACUUCCCCAAACCCAUGGUGUCCUCCAUGCAGCAGAUAUUACCCAUCGUGUGGAACACACUGACUGAAAGUGCAGCUUUUUAUGUAAGAACAGAAGUCAACUACACAGAGGAGGUGGAUGACCCGAUAGACUCAGAUGGUGAGGUUCUGGGUUUUGAGAAUCUUGUGUUCAGCAUCUUUGAGUUUGUGCACACGCUGCUGGAGAACAACAAGUUCAAGAGCACAGUGAAGAAAGCCCUGCCUGAACUCAUCUACUACAUCAUCCUGUACAUGCAGAUCACUGAGGACCAGAUCAAAGUGUGGACGGCUAACCCCCAGCAGUUUGUAGAGGAUGAGGAUGAUGACACUUUUUCCUACUCUGUCAGGAUCUCUUCUCAGGACCUUUUGCUGGCGGUUGCUGCAGAGUUUCAGAAUGAGAGCGCAGCGGCACUGGCAGCGGCAGCGACCAGACACCUCCAGGAGGCAGAGCAGGCCAAAAACAGUGGCAAUGAGCACUGGUGGAAGAUCCAUGAGGCUUGUAUGUUGGCUCUCGGUUCAGUGAAAACCAUCAUCACAGAGAACGUGAAGAACGGUCGUAUCCAGUUUGACAUGCAUGGUUUCCUGGCUAGUGUUAUCCUCGCUGAUCUCAACCUGGCAGGUGAGUCUCAAACUGACCUUUGGAGAUUCAUUGAAGUGAUCCACAACCAAACCCCAAGACCUCUAAAAUCUACCAAAGCGGCGUCUCCUUUCCUCCUCGGCCGGGCUCUGUGGGCGGCCAGUCGCUUCACAGCAGCCAUGUCUCCUGAGCUCAUCCAGCAGUUCCUCCAGGCCACCGUAAGCGGGCUUCACGACAGCCAGCCACCCUCCGUCCGCAUCUCCGCGGUCAGGGCCAUCUGGGGGUACUGUGAUCAGCUGAAGCUGUCAGAGAGCACCCAUGUUCUUCAGCCCUUCCUCCCCAGCAUCCUGGAGGGACUGGUCCAACUGGCCGCUCAGUUCAGCUCAGAGGUGCUUACCCUCGUCAUGGAGACACUGUGCAUCGUCUGCACCGUCGACCCUGCCUUCACCACCAGCGCCGAGAACAAGAUCUGCCCCCUCACCAUUGCUAUUUUCCUUAAAUAUAACAAUGACCCUGUGGUGGCAUCUCUGGCUCAGGACAUCUUCAAGGAACUGGCACAGAUCGAAGGCUGCCAAGGCCCCAUGCAGAUGCGUCUCAUCCCCACGCUGAUCAGCAUCAUGCAGGCUCCCCCCGACAAGAUCCCCUCUGGACUCUGUGCUACGUCCAUAGACAUCCUGACCACAGUUGUACGCAACACCAAAUCCCCUCUAUCAGAGAUGCUGGUGUGCCAGGCGUUCCCUGUGGUGGCACAGUGCACCUUGCGUACUGACGACAACACAAUAAUGCAGAACGGCGGUGAGUGCCUGCGGGCGUACGUCUCCGUCGCCCUGGAGCAGAUCGCCCAGUGGAGGGACGAGCAGGGGAACAGCGGCCUCUGGUACGUCAUGCAGGUGGUCAACCAGCUGCUGGACCCCCGGACCUCUGAAUUCACGGCUGCCUUCGUGGGCAGGUUGGUGUCCACUCUGAUCUCUCGGGCGGGAACCGAGCUCGGGGAACAGCUGGACCAGAUCCUCCGAGCGAUUCUGAGCAAGAUGCAGCAAGCGGAGACUCUGAGUGUCAUGCAGUCUCUGAUCAUGGUGUUUGCCCACCUGGUUCACUCCCAGCUGGAGCCUCUGUUGGAGUUCUUGUGCAGUCUGCCCGGACCGACGGGGAAACCUGCCCUGGAGUUUGUCAUGACAGAGUGGAUGAGCAGACAGCACCUCUUCUAUGGACAGUACGAGGGUAAAGUCAGCACGGUGGCGCUCUGUAAGCUGCUGCAGCAUGGCCUCAACACCGACGACAAACGUCUCCAGGACAUUAUGGUGAAGGGGGAGGAGAUCUACAGCCCUGAAGACGGCAUCCGCACACGAUCCAAAUCUGCCAAAAAUCCAGAGAGGUGGACCAACAUUCCUUUGCUAGUGAAGAUCUUUAAAUUGAUCAUCAAUGAGCUGUCGACAGUGGUGGAGGCAAACGCCAGCAGGGCAAACGCAGCAGACUGGAGCCAAGAUUCCAGCAGUAUGUGGGAGGAGCAGGAGGAGGAAGAGGGGGAGGAUGAGGAGGACGAGGACGAAGGGCUGGCCGGGCAGCUGCUUUCUGAUCUCAUCGCCUCCAACAAAUAUGAUGAUGAUUAUUAUGAAGAUGAUGAGGAGGACGAUCCAGAUGCUUUGAAAGACCCCAUAUAUCAGAUUGAUCUGCAGGCUUAUCUGACGGACUUCCUGACACAGUUCGCCCAGCAGCCGUGUUACAGCAUGUUCUCAGGCCACCUCAACAGUGCCGAGAGACAAACCCUGCAGUCUAUAGGCCUCUAGCCCACCCCCGUCUGCCACUCCCACGCAUCUUCUUCCAUCUACAAUGCCCUGAAACUCUCUUCUGUUUCCCCAUCACUUAAGCUCUCAUGAUGAAUUUACAACCCAGCAAAAGAAAAUAAAAAAAUUGUUGGGAUGUUGGGUCCUGGCAGAGGGAGAGGACGGGGUGGGAAGAGAGACACAUGCACUUACCCAUGACUCCCAUGUUUCUUCACACUUGUGAUGGGAUGAAGGACUUUGCAGAUGUUAAAGUGAGGAGGAUGAAGAGGUGAGAGACCGCACAGAAGGUCAGAGGACUCACCUUUCUGGAGCAAUUUCAGACUGGAUAAGAAGAUUGAGUCAAGAGUUUCGCGGCUUCACAUUCGGACAGGUGAACCAUCAAAUAUGAACGGACUAUUUUGCCAUGUCCUGUUUGUAACUCAGCCCGUUAUUUUUGUGUCUCUGUAUAAACAAAGUGAAAUGCAACAUGGAAAACACUUCUAAGAGACUUUACAUUGAUCGAAGGAAAGUUUAAAAAAAACCCCAAACAUCCUGAUCUUUGUAGAGGCAGAGAAACGUUGGCGGCCUUAUAUUACAGAUAACAUUGACUGUUUCUGAAAGGAAAUGAAAAGCCCUUAGACCAGCUCUCAUGUCCUGGGGUAUGGUGGGUAUUUGGGAAUUCACUUUUGCCAUGGUGAUUCGCAGCCUUGUCAUUUCCUUGUACCCACUGAAAUUUGGGAUGGAAAAAUUUCUAAAUAAAAGUCCCAAAUGGACAACACUUGUAGAUCGAG